GGGUACAUGUCUGAACAUUCCAUACCAGUUGUCGUUCUUUCCAGAGUUCAGGAUGACUGAACAACCGCAGAUGAUCUACAAACAGCCCUGCUUGCCCAUCCUCCAGGGCUACCUGGCUAAAGUUCUGGAUAUCCUGUUGGGCGUUUCCUUCGGAUUCGCUGCUCUGGCUCUCCUGGGAGCGGUGAUGUCUGCCGUCCUGCUGGCUCAGCUGAGGAGCUCUACCGUAGAGGUUCCUGUGCUGUUCAGCGUCAGCUCUCACCUGUCCAAGUUCAGCUUCGGUGCCCACCCGCCCAAGUACAGCGAGCUUUACAACGAGCCUGAGAAGGCCGAGAAGUGAAAAGCAGGCUGAGUUUCAGGAUGUGGUUAGGUAGAUGACAUGGUUUAGGCUGGCUCAGCAUAUAAAUAUAACUACUAGAAUGGUUAAAGCCCCACAGACCCACAGGCUCAGCAUAGAAAUACAACUACUAGAAUGGUUAAAGCCCCAAAGAACUCGACACUAUGACUGGACAACCAUGGGGUAUGAUCAAUAUAGUUGAAUGGGGAUUGUCUUUCUAGUAAUCUAUUUCUAUGGUGUCCAGACUCACACUGUUUCCCUUCCACAUCUUCUUCUUCUGGUUGUUUGUUUGUUUUUCAACGAGAGGUCUCCUUAACUCUCUUACUGACUGUCAAACCAAAAGGAAGGUGCUACUUCCUGCUGUGUCAUUUGCUUUGAGUUGUACGUUGAAGAGAAUCACCACCGGUGGUUUUAUACAUAUGCAGGGAGUUCUUAGUAAAAUGGUUGCGAAACGUUAUGUUUUAUUUGCAGAAUGAGACACAAUGAACUGGCAGGGCGUCUUUAAAAAGAGGAUCAUACAGAGAGAGUAAGGACAGAAUGUCAUUUCCAUAUGACUUUGAAUGUCAAAUCAUUUGCCUUGUAACUGCAAUUAUUAAAGGGAAACGAAAGUGGAGGUUGACGAAGGGAUACGGAAAAAUCAAUAUCUGUAGCUGACACACAAGUCCUUUGUUUUUUGCAAUGAAAUUAAAAAUGUUAAAUGUUUUGCUAUGAACUGUAAAUCCUUAUAUGAAAUAUACCACAUGCCAACUGUCUUGCUCUAUUUUUCUAAAUAAAGCAUCUGUCUUCUA